CGGCUCACGGCUCAGUCGGUGCUGGAGUUAAUACGAGAAGAGCUGCUGGGUCUGACAUGGACAGCAGCGGCGUGUCCGGCUGGAUGCACCACCUGGUGGUGGACGCGUCCGUCAAGUACUGCAACUGCUACGCCAGCAGGCCCUUCUACCGGCUCGUCAGUGUCGCGUGUUUCGCCCUGUGCGUGCUCUUCUUCGUGCUUUCCGCACAGCAGCCGUCCGUCAGCAGACGGACGCACCAGCUGCACGACGCCGGCAGACGCACCCUCUCCCUGAGCGAGCCCGGCGGGCCCAGGGUGGACGCGUUCGACCUGACGGUGAAGCCCUUUGGAUUCAACAUCGUGCGGCAGCCCACGCACAAGAGUUCCUUUAAAUCAUGCGAGAAGACCGAUCUGCUGAUUUUCGUGUGCUCCUCGGUGGACCACGUGGACAGACGGACGGCCAUCCGCGAGACGUGGGCCUCGGCGGAGGCGUUGGCUCCGCUCAACGCGGCUGUCGUGUUCGCCGUGGGCUCAGUCGUCGGCGAUCAGGAAGCCCUGCACCAAGAGGCUGAGCAGUUCGGGGACAUUCUGCAGGGCAACUUCAAGGACACCUACAUGAAUCUGACCCUGAAGUCAACCAUGGCGCUCAAGUACGUGGCCGGAGCUUGUGGACGCGGCACCAAACCGCCCCGCUUCGUCAUGAAGACUGACGAUGAUAUUUUCGUCAACGUGCCCUUCAUGUUGUCGGCACUCAAGAAGAACUUGGCUGGCGCCAAGAGAAUGAUAACAGGCUGCAUAAAACAACGCUCAGCGCCAAGGGGAGUGAGUGCGGACGGUAGGACGGCGCCGUCUAUUUUACCGGACUUCGUCGCCGGGGCUGGCUACGUGUUGACUGGCCGUCUGGCCGCCGAGCUGUACGCGGCGGCCAGCAAGGUGGUCAAGCCGAUGAAGAUUGAGGACUUUUUUGUAACUGCCCAAUGUGCCAAACUAGUGCCCGGUGCUUACCCGCCAAAACACGACCCUCGCUUCACCUGCGGAGGAAUCGUCAAGGACGACUGUAAACUCGUUUCCAUGUUCACUGCACACAAGAUAACUUCACAUAGACAGUCAGCCAUUUGGGACAAGUUUACUAGUGAUCCAAAUCCCUGCAUGGAUUUUUGACCUAAAGCAAUGUGAAAAGUGAAAAGUGACUGUGAUAAACAAAUCCAAACCGUGUGAUUGUGGAGCAACAAACACUAACAAAAAGGUGCGUGAGUUACAUUUUUACAAACUCUUUUAAUGAAUGUAAAUAAUUUAAUAAAAAAGAACACAUUUUAUUGCUCAAAA